UCAAUGGGUGCUUGAUGGUCGGCAGGGACUGGGUGGGCCGAAGGGCCUGUUUCAGCGAGGGAGGGAGGGAAUGGCAUCCGUUGCCCUUGAGAUUGUGGGUCUCCUGCUGUCGGUGAGCGGGCUGGUCUGCGCUCUCCUGAGCUGCGCGCUGCCCCUGUGGAAGGUGCCGGCUUUCCAAGGGGGGAACAUGGUGACAGCUCUGCAGACGUGGGAGGGCCUGUGGAUGGACUGCGUCUGGCAGAGCACCGGCGAGCUGGUCUGCAGUACCUUCGACUCCGUCCUGAUCCUGAGCGGGCAGCUGCAGGCGGCCAGGGCGCUGACAACCACAGCGGCCGCGCUGGCGGCUGUGGGCAUCCUGCUGACCAUCCCCGGCGCCGGCUGGACCACGCUCAUCCGCUGGCUGACCUGCAAGGUCCGCAUCACCUCGGCCGCCGGCUUCAUCUUCCUGCUGACCGGUGUCCUGCAGCUCGUCCCCGUCUCCACCACUGCCAGCGGCAUCGUCAGUGACUUCUACAGCGAGUCCACCCCCGAGCAGGCCAAGAAAGAACUGGGACCUUCCUUAUACCUCGGCAUGGCCGCCGGGAUCCUCUUCAUCGCCGGCGGUUGCUCCUUGUGGGUCUCCUGUUACAUGCGGAGAGGACAAGACACGUGUCCAGUGCUUUACACCCCAGGUCACGCAGACGCCAUUCAAAGCCAGUAUGUCUAGGGAAUGGCUCGGAGAUCGGAAGGGACGGGUAACAGAGGCUUCGACACCCUCUGUUGUAAAACUCGUUAGAAUCGCGCUCUGCUUUAUUUUAAUUUGCAAAUGUUCCUUUAGUAACAACAAUGGAAUUAAUGUGGGAUUAAUGUAAGUGGGAGGUUUAUGGCCGUAGAGUCACACAGCCAAUUUGCCCAUGCCGACUCUGUUGCCCAGUGAGCGAGUCCCAUCUGCCCACGUUUGGCCCACUUGCCCUCUUUGGUCGUUGCGCCGAAGAGCCUGUUUCUCUCUCUCUCUCUAUGACUCUAACGGGUCAUUUUUAUAACUGGACAAUAAUCAAAACGUGAUCUUGACGAUUUCAGUCCAUCGAUCCCAUCCCUAAUUUUUCCUGUAGCCUAUUAGAACAUCGAACAUUGCAGGACAGUACGGGCCCUUCGGCCCACGAUGUUGUGCCGACCUCUUAAACUACUCUAAGAUCUAUCUAACCCUUCCCUCCCACAUAGCCCUCUAUCAUCCAUGUGGCUAUCUAAUAGUCUCUUAAAUGUCCCUAAUGUAUCUGCCUCUAUCAGCACCCCUGACAGCGCGUUCCACGCACCCACCACUCUCUGUGUAAAAAACUUAACCCUGACAUCCCCCUUAUACCUUCCUCCAAUCACCUUAAAAUUAUGUUCCCUCGUGUUAGCCAUUGUCGCCCUGGGAAAAAGUCUCUGACUGUCCACUCGAUCUAUGCCUCUUAUCAUCUUGUACACCUCCAUCGAGUCAUCCUCCUCUCCAAAGAGAAAAGCCCUAAAUCGCUCAACCUAUGCUCAUAAUGACUUGUGGUUGCCUUUAAUAUUGUAUUACCCAUCAGCAGAAAGAUCCGAUGAGAAUCCGUACUACACUAGAGUGGGAAAUAUGAGGGUGGCUGAUCAAGUAAAAGAGGGAGGAAGGAAGCUCACAGAUUAGGGCUCACCAGCAUUCAACAACUGGGGAAGGAAGGUGAGAACACAGGUAAGGCUGGAACUGGAAGAGGUCCAAGACCUCAAAGGGUUGUAGGGCUGAGCUGGUCACAGAGAAAUGAUUAUUUUUUAAAAAUGUGGCUUUGAUGGACUGGGGGAAAAUAAAAUAGUUAGAAAAUCUGGGACUGUAGUUUUUAUGUCAAGCAUGACACCAAAGGCCUGAGCUGGUCAUUGGUCACCAUGAUGACAAAGAUACUAUAUUGUUGUAAAAACCCACCUGGUUCAUCAGAAAUCUGCCAACCUUACCUGGCUGGACUUAAUGUGACUCCAGAUCCACCAAUGUGUGUUUGACUGUGAUGUAGAACGUCCUUCUGAAAGGGCCUGGCAAGUCCUUCAGUACAAGGGAACUUGCAGUGGGUAGUGAAUGCCAGUACUGCCCAGAUCCUGACAACAGAAUAAAUAACACAGCGAGGUGCUGUGUGUCGAUAGGUGACAGCUGAGCCCGAGAUCCUUCAGGCUGGAGACUCGAGUAGAACCUGGGGCUUGUGUAUUUUCAAUAUUGGGUAUGCAUGGGAAUAGGUAGCUUUAGGAGCAGGGGUUGGCUUGGGAGGAGAUCGUGAUAAUAUUUGGGCUCUCAACACAUGCGUAUGUGAAGAAGUUCAGCUAAACAGGAAUUUUGGCAAAAGCACGUCUGCAUUAUUUUAAAAUAAAUGAGCAAGAUUUUCUUUUACACGUUAAGUGGUUAGGGUUUGGAAUGCACUCCUAGGGAGAAGCAGAGGCAGAUAGAUUAAGUAGCAGAAAGAAAUAGCAAGGUUAUGGGAGAGAGCGGGGAAAUAAGACAAACUGGAUUGCUCUCACACUGAGCCAGUAUAGACUUGAUGAGCUGAAUGGCCUCCUGCUGUGCUGUAACCAUUUUGUGAAAUAUUUAAUCUCGACACAUAAUCUUUAAUUCUGAAAACUGUUGUUUAAUCAAUGCAAUCAAUGGAAAUAAAUUAAACUAAAUGUAUUCCAACAAAGAAAAGAUGUCUCACUGAUGUUGUGUUUGACCAUCUCAUUCUUAAACCAUUGCUACUACGGGAGCAGGUAGAUUCCUUCAUCAAGGUUUUGCCUUCGCCACAGUAUCCCCACCCUACCCUUAUGUUGUGGCUGUUGAACUAAAUGCCGAUUGUUUGAGAAAGGAAGUACACUCCCAACGAUUCUACCGCAGUGGAGUUUUGUUUUCAUGACCCAGAGUUAACCUCCAAGUCCAAGUGCACACAAACAAAUCUAACUGGUGACUAUUGUAUGUAAAGUUUCUUUAAAAUGGAACCCAAUGUUUGGAUCUGAUUUAAGAAUAUUCUGAAUAUAUUACUAUACAUUCCUUGUAAGGAAAUUCAGCAUGUCCUCGAUGACCCUCACCAAUUUUUACAGAUGCACCAUAGGAUGCAUCCUAUCCAGAUGCAUCACAGCUUGGUGAGGCAACUGCUCAGGAAAUUGCAGAGAGUUGUGAACACAGCCCAGGCUAUCACGAAAACCAGACACCCCUCCAUUGAGUCUGCACUUCCUGCUGCCUCAGGAAAGUGGCCAACAUAAUCAAGGACCGGACAUUCUCUCUUCUCCUCCCCAUCCAUUGGGCAGAAGAUACAAAAGCUUGAGAACACGUACCACCAGGCUCAGGGACAGCUUCUAUCCCACUGUUAUCUGAUUCUUGAAUGGACCUCUUGUACAAUAAGAUGAAAUCUUGAUCUCUCAGUCUUCCUCAUCAUGGUCCUUUGCACCUUAUUGUCUACCUGCACCGCACUUUCUCUGUAACUGUAGCACAAUAUUCUGCUUUCUGCUAUUGUCUUUUCCUUUGGUACUACCUUGAAUGUAUUGAUGUUUGGAAUGACCUGCCUGGAUGGCAGGCAAACAAAAGACUUUACUGUA